AUGCGGACACAGGGAACACAACCAAGGAAGAGACAGAUAUACAGGAGGGUUUAUCUUGCUGGGUCGGUUGGCUUGCUGCUCAUCUUGACUGCUGACGCUAGAGUUGGGAACUCCUCUGAGUCUAGCUUCUGUACCGAGACAAAGGAAUGUCUGCUCUGUGAUCUGGUUUGCAAGAAUGAUGAUUAUGAGGGGAGUUGUAAAGUGCGCCACUAUGACUCAGUGAAAUGGCUGUCGACAGACAAGGAAGCCCACUUCAUGGAUAAGGCCAUAGUCACCACAUUCAUGAGACUCUUCAAAUACAUCACCGGGUCCAACAAGGCUGGCAUCAACAUUGACAUGGCAGUCCCGGUGAUUGUCGAGGAGACGAAGAGGAUUUCACGGUCAUUUGUCUACACCCUCAGCUUUGUCAUGCCAUCUGCCCAUCUCAUGACUCCUCCCAACCCACUGAUGGCAAGGUAA